AUGGAAUCUCAAAUCAAGGAAAUUGCUCAGUUUCUAACGUUACAGACACGACCAGAUAUCAAGUUACCAGCUAUAGAAUUUAUUGCAGGCCUGACUGGCUCUUCAGAGACAAAUACAUUAAUUGCAAGGAAUACUACUAUCAUAGAUGCAGCGGUUAAUUUGACUAAAGAUGAAAUCGAGAAUGUAGCUGAUGCCGCAUAUAUAACUUUAAUUAAUGUAACAGGUGACGAUCACGCAGCAAAUUACUUAUGUAAAAAGGACUACGUGCAAUCUUUGCUUUUGUAUGCCUUGAAGAAAACUGCUAAAUAUGCGGAUAAAGCUUGCAUGAUAUUAUGCAACCUUACCCGUCUUAGUCAAGGCUGUGAUACAACGAUGGAAAUAUUGCAAAGUCAGGAUGGAAGAAAAAUUUUUAAUCAAUUAUUAGACGCAUUCUUUUGCUCUGGCUACAAUAAGCAUGCUACGUAUCAUCAUGUUGCUGCAAUUUUGGCCAACGUAACGCAAGUCCAAGCUGCUAGAAGAUGGAUAUUAGAUAAAGAUAAAUUAAUCAUCCAGAAAUGCUUACCUUACACACAAUACUAUGAUAACGCCAUACGACGGAGAGGAUUAAUUGCUGUUAUUAAAAAUUGUUGCUUUGAAAGCGAUUGUAACGAAUGGCUGCUCGGCGAAGAAAUAGACAUUUUGCCACAUUUGCUACUUCCCUUAGCUGGACCCGAAGAAUUAAAGCAAGAAGAGACAGAUCGUUUACCAUUAGAUUUGCAAUACCUUGGCGAGGACAAAGUUAGAGAACCGGAAGCAGAUUUACGAAUAAUGCUGAUAGAAAGUUUGAUGCAGUUGUGUGCUACUAAACCAUGUCGGAUGUAUAUAAGAGAGAAAAUGGCUUACGCUAUCCUACGUGAAUUACAUCAGUGGGACAAAAAUGAAGACGUCCUUUCAACUUGUGAAAAAUUAAUCCAGAUAUUAAUAGGUGAUGAGCCUGAGGCAGGAAUGGAAGAUCUACGUAAUGUGACUGUACCGGAUAACUACAGUAUAACUGACAAAUCUGAAGCAAUUGUUAAGAAGUAG